AUGCCAGUAAAGCUUGACCAGUGCAGUUUGUUCAACACUGUAGAUCAAAUUGCACAGCUUGUUGAGAAGAAAGAAGACCUUCUGCAGGGCUUCAGUCAGUACAUUGAUGCUGAAGAAAAGAAUAUAGAGACAAUGAAGAGUGUUUAUCAGAAUCUUCUGCUUUCACACUCCGACCCUAUGGACCCUGAGGAAAUCAUGAGAGACCCUGUGGCUGCUUACACACUCCUCAGUCAAUUAAUAAAUAUUGUCAAACACAUUCAACUGAGUUUUUAUCAGUGUAACAAGUAUCAGAAUGAGUUGGACGCAAAGUUGCUAGAGAUCCCACAGCCAGAGGAUUUGGAUGGUGCUGCUUCAGGGCUGAUAAGACUGCAAGAGAUCUACAAACUCUACCCAGAAGACAUCAUGAAGGACACAUCUCUAAAUGCAGAGGAAGCUUACCAUGUGGGGUUGGUCGCUUAUAACGAGAGCAAAUUCCAGCAUGCCUUUCUCUGGUUUCUGUACAUUCGUAACACAUUUAAAAAUUACUCAACUAAUAAAGUUUUGACAAAUUACCUUAGUUUCUCAGCCUAUCGUUUUGGCAGCCUACCUGUGGCAAUCUACUUGGACCAUCUUCUAAAUCUGGAUUCAACUAAUGAUGAAGACAUAGAUCAGCUGAACAGACUCCUACACUUACAGAAAUACCCUGACAUAUUGACACUGAACACAGAGUCAAAUAAAUAUGAGACACUGUGCAGAGGAGGGAUUGAUGAGAAGACCUCCAAGAGGCAGAGGGUGCUCUCCUGUAGGUACAGCACAGGUGGAGGAAACCCCAGACUGAUGUAUGCACCAGUGAAAGAGGAAGUGGAGUGGGACGAGCCUCGCAUCAUAAGAUAUCAUGACAUUAUUUCAGACAGAGAGAUAGAGUUUCUGAAGAAUCUUUCUAGGUCUUUGACUAUUGAGGGAGUAUCAAAGAUCCGUACUUCUCAAAGUGUUUCUUUAAAGGAAGACAAGCCUGUGGUUUCUCAUUUCAAUCAGAGGAUUGCAGACAUCACAGGACUCUCCAUGAAAUCAGCUGAAGACCUACAUGUUCAGAAUUACGGGAUAGGUGGCAGAUAUGAACCACAUUAUGAUACAUGGGAUGAUGAGAAUGAAAGGAUUGCUACAUUCUUAAUUUAUAUGAGUGAUGUGGAGAUAGGGGGCGCCACUGUGUUUCCUCAAGUUGGAGUUGCAUUGAAACCAAAAAAGGGUUCAGCUGUGUUUUGGUACAACCUCCGCAAAAAUGGAAAUGUGGAUUGGUAUACAGAGCAUGCUGGAUGCCCUGUGUUAAGGGGUAACAAAUGGGUGGCUAAUAAAUGGAUCCAUGAGUUUGGACAAGAGUUCAGGAGACGCUGUUCUUUGUCAUACUGGGAGUGAAAGACAC